CUAGAGUUUCCGUAAUGUUUACAUCCAGUAUGGCGUUUCAUUAAUGUCAGGUCGGUAUCGCUAGUAAGGAUCGGUUAAGAUAUGUUUUCCUUAAUCGUAUGAAAGUAAGCAAAUUAGCAUAAUACUUCAUUGUUUCCUUAGUAAAUUAAAGUGCGAGCGCUGCACACUUGUAUAUAUUAUAUAUUAUUAAAUGACGUAACAGCGAAAGCUAGCUAAAGUUAGCUUACUGUGUGUUGCAACCAACUGUAGUAUAUAAUCUGAAUACAUGAGUGACAUGGAGGAGCAACGGCCCGUUCCCCGGGAGAGAGCCAUCCUAGAGAGCUAUUUCACACAGCUCGGUAUUUUUUCUUUUGAUCGAGCCAAAGACUAUGUGGAGAGGGAGAAGGACAUCAGCAGCAGGAGUGCAGGAGCAAUGUGGGCCGCUCUGCUCGCUGCUCUGGCCCAUCUGGCCGCCGCAGAAAAAGCCUACCACAACAUGACUUUUUUGGGACAAAAAAUAGGUGGACAGUCAUUCUUCAGUCGGAAAGAUUCAAUAAGAACAAUCUACACUGCUUUGCACAAUGAGUUGCGCAAAGUUGUCACUAUGGGUCGGCACGCUCAGUCAAGCUCUACCUCAUUCCUGGAGGAUCUACUGUCUCAUCUUUCAGAACAGCUGUGCUACUUCACACAGGCUCGUGUAGAGAUGGCAGAUUUGUAUGAAAAGAUGCUUUCAUUGGGUGCUCAGAAGAAUAUCAACUUAGAAGAACUGAUCACUACAUUGGAGACAGUCCUACACAAAUACAGCUCUAAAUUUCACCAUCCCAUAGUUGGUCGCCUCGAGGAAGGUUUCCAGACUGAACUUGAUGUGGUAACCCAGUUACUUCGUUGCCAGGCCCAGAUAUCAGAGUGGCACUUUUUGCCAUCUCUGCUUAGCCUGCAUGGUGCCCAUUCAAAACUUAACACCUGGGGUCAGCUUUUCCAGAAACAAAAAGAAACCCGUAAGAAUCUUUUUGGGGGUCAAUCUCAGAAGGCUGUACAGCCCCCUCAUUUGUACAUGUGGCUCCAGCGCUUCUAUGCAGCUCUCCUUGCCAAAUUCAGUUUUUAUUUUCAUGAAGCUCUGAGCCGUCAAACUACUCCAGCGGACAUGAAAACACUGACUGCCCGCACUACACCAGACUAUCAUGGAAAGAUUUCCUCUUUCAUUCGCAAACAUGAUGCCAGCAAUGUGUCUCUGGUCUUUGAUAACCGAGGCUCAGAGAGCUUCCAGGGGCAUGGUUAUCAUCACCCACAGUCCUACAGAGAAGCACCUAAAGGUGUGGAGCAGUUUCCUGCAGUAGUGUCACUGCCAUCAGGCGAGCGCCCUUUGACCCACUGGCCAAACGUUAUCAUGAUGAUGGGAGAUAGAGCUGGAGAGCUUAAUACUCUGGAAAAGGUAGUACAUUUUUAUGACGAUAAAGUUCAAAGUACCUACUAUCUAACACGGCCUGAGCCUCACUUCACUCUGGUGGUCAUCUUUGAUGGCCGGAAGUCAGAGAAAGAUCUCUAUAUCACAGCCUUUUUGCAGGAGAUCUCAGGUUCUCUAAGGAACUCCAAACCUUUUAGCACACUAAAACCUGGUUCAAAAGGCUGAUCUAACCAGAAAUCCUAGUGAAAACUGGUAUGUGAAAAAUUUAUUCUUAAAUGUUUUCUUUUUAAUUUUAUGUUACCAAAAAUAUAGUUUGAUAGAUCAUUUAUAUUGUUUUAUUUGCUGUUUUAAAUUAAUUGUUCACUUUUAUGUUAAUCCCUUAAAUAUUCUACAGUAUAAAAUAAACAUCCUCAGUAAUGGUGUAUACAUUAAA